AUGGGUCUCCAGGGCGGCGAGGACCCUGAGAUCAGAAAGAUCACUGCUACUUGCAAGCACUUUGCUGGCUACGACAUUGAGUCAUGGAACGGUAACCUUCGCUACCAGAACGAUGUUCAGAUCCCCCAGCGUGAUUUGGUCGAGUACUACCUGCCUUCUUUCCGUUCGUGCGCCAGAGAUUCCAACGUUGGAGCCUUCAUGUGCACAUACAGUGCUCUGAACGGCGUUCCCACCUGUGCCGACCCCUGGCUUCUCAACGAUGUUCUCCGUGAGCACUGGGGCUGGACCAACGAGGAGCAGUGGGUCACCAGUGAUUGCGAUUCUAUCCAGAACAUUUUCCUGCCCCACAACUUCAGCGACACCCGCCAGGGAGCUGCUGCUGCUGCCCUCAACGCCGGUACUGACCUUGACUGCGGUACCUACUACCAGCACCACCUUCCUCUCGCAUAUGACCAGGGUCUUAUCAACCAGACCACUGUUGACCAGGCUCUGGUCCGUCUGUACACUUCGCUUGUUCGCACUGGUUACUUCGACGGUCCCAACGCCAUGUACAGAAACUUGACUUGGUCCGAUGUUGGUACUACCCAUGCUCAACAGCUCGCCCUCAGAGCUGCUGAAGAGGGUAUCACUCUCCUCAAGAACGACGGUCUUCUUCCCCUCUCAAUCUCCAACGGCACUAAGAUUGCCAUGAUCGGAAGCUGGGCCAAUGCUACUCAGCAGAUGCAGGGUAACUACUACGGUGUCCCAACCUACCUUCACAGCCCUCUGUACGCUGCCCAGCAGACCGGUGCUCAGGUCUUCUAUGCUCAGGGUCCUGGUGGCCAGGGCGACCCUACCACUGACCACUGGCUCCCCGUCUGGACUGCUGCUGAGAAGGCUGAUAUCAUCAUCUACGUCGGUGGUGUUGACAUCAGCGUUGAGGCUGAGGGUAUGGACCGCGAGGACAUCAACUGGACUGGCGCUCAGGUCGACAUCAUUGGCGAACUCGCCAUGUACGGCAAGCCUAUGAUUCUUGCCCAGAUGGGUGACCAGCUCGACAACACUCCUUUUGUCAACAACCCCAACAUCUCUGCUCUGAUCUGGGGUGGUUACCCUGGUCAGGAUGGUGGUGUCGCUCUUUUCAACAUCAUCACCGGAAAGACCGCACCUGCUGGUCGUCUCCCCGUCACCCAGUACCCCGCUCACUACAUCUCGGACAUCCCCAUGACCGACAUGACUCUCCGCCCCAACGAGACCACCGGCUCGCCCGGCAGAACCUACAAGUGGUACAACGGCACCGCCGUCUACGAGUUCGGUUACGGUAUGCACUACACCAAGUUCUCCGCCGAUAUCUCUCCCAUGUCCAAGUCUUCCUACGACAUUCCCUCCCUGCUUUCUGGCUGCAGCAGGACCUACAAGGACCGCUGUGCCUUUGAGAGCAUCUCUGUCAACGUCCACAACACCGGUAACGUCACCUCCGACUACGCCGCUCUCGGUUUCCUUGCUGGUCAGUUCGGACCUUCCCCUUACCCCAAGAAGUCUCUCGUCAACUACCAGCGUCUCCACAACAUUGCUGGCGGUGCAUCCCAGACCGCCACUUUGAACCUGACUCUUGGUUCCCUCGCUCGCAUUGACGACCACGGCAACACUUACCUCUACCCUGGUGACUAUGCUUUGAUGAUCGACACCAUGCCCGAGCUGACCAUGGUCAACUUCACCUUGACUGGCCAGCCCGCUUGUCUCGAUGAGUGGCCUCAGCCCCCAGCAGGUGGACCCACCAUUCCUCCUUCUGACUACUUCUACGGUGGUUACGGAAGCAGAGGCGAGUUCCCCGUCCUUGCUGCUUCUGAGGAACUUUACCCUGGAGCUUAG